GAUCUGACCCCAGGCGCUGUAUCCACGGUGCACCGGUCAUUCGCUGGACCAGGUCCGCGCAGAUCUACCUGUUUCACUCGGUACAUCCAGAGUCGCUCGCCACUGAAGCCGUGAAAGACGAGGAAAUAGCGGCGGAGUCGGCGACGAGCGAAGACGGCGAGCGGCGGCGGAGGCGGAGGCGGAGGCGGAGGCGGAGGCGGAGACUGUAGCAGGGAUGCUUGUUUCUUCCUCUCCAGCUUUGUGAUGCAUUGAACAGGAGUUGGAAAAUUCUCUUGUAAUGGCUGAGUGCUCGCUGGCUACAGUCAGAGGCCAGUAUCGAGCGAGAUGGAUCCAUUCCAACGGCAGGCUCUCCUCAAGAAAUGUAUCAGCCAGGAUGUCGAAGAGGAAUUACAUUCACAAGACUCAUAUGCCAUGUCAGUCCAAAUUUAAUUCUGCGAAAGAAUGGAAAAGCGGUGCAUUUACCUCGUUUGGUUCUCAUGGAAGGGAUCACAGGCUCAAGACUCAAGUUAAAUGUUAUUUCUUUCAGUCCUUAAUUGGUUCCGGGAGUAUGGUCUCACCCAACUUAAUGCUACUUUCCGAUGAAGUUCUUCUGGUAAUCAGCAUAGUUUUUGCAUAUUUGGCCGGAGUUGCACCCUCCCAACGUACAAUUACUCAAACCAGAAGUCCCAGUGCUAAUGAACGUCUUACAGCGCCAAACUGCUCUGAUUCUGUUUUAUUUUGCACUUGCUAGGAAUGCAAAAAAAUUGCUUAACAAGAAUACAGAAUUUCAUCCCAAUGAUACAUGGAAUGAAGUGAGAGCUAAACUUUCUUCAGCCUUAGAAGCAAAUUGUCAAGAUGGCAGUUUUGAUAGCAAAGAGGAUGUACUCAAGAAUGAUAGGAAAAACUACCCUUUGAGUAUGCUUGCAAUUCAUGGUGGUCCCAGGUUGCGGCUUCUUCUGAUGACAUUUCAACUUCUCGAAAUGGAGGCUAGAAAUAUCUCUGAAAGUUCUAAACUUUUAGAUGGGAUUGGUUGGUCGCAGAUGUCAAUUUUGUUGAUAGAUUGCCUGAUUCAACCAGCAUUUAUGAAAUGGAUUGAAGAAGAACAGACCUUGGAAAAUGGCAAGAUCGAUGAAAAGCUUAUGUUGGUGAUUAGUAGAAAAAUAAAGGAGGAUGAUGGGAUCUUAAAGAGAUUCAACAGAUUAGGGAAAGCUGAGCUCUACUUGGAUCUGCUCUUUUUCGUAAGAUUUGGUUCUGCCAGGUCUGACAGCUACUUUGAUGCCAAAUUUCUGGCUGAAAAUGGAGCAAGAAUUUUGGAGGACCUGGUGAUUUUCUUAGCUGAUGUGAUUGCUAGUAUUUAUCUAGAGAUUAUGUCAGUUGAUGGUGAUAUGCCUACCGAGGUUGUUGGCUCCAGCUUAGCUCUAUGUUCGCUCUCAACAAGAGAACUUCAGAAGCAGCGUAAUGAGGUGGCAAUAAAUGGUUGGUUGCACCAGUACUUCGAGUCAGUUGUGUCAAUGUACGAGGACAGGUUCGAGUUGUAUGUUUUACGCAGAAGAGCGCAUGAAAGCCCAGUAGAUAAUCAAGAUGAGAAAACUAAUUGGUGGAGGCCUGCAUUUCGAAAGACUUCUACUUCUACUCCACUGGAUUAUGUUUGCAUAAGCCCAUUUUCUCUUCCAGUGAGAAGGACGAAGGAGCUAAGAGCUUUGGCUGGAUGGAGGUAUUACUACAGCCUGGUCUUGGAGUUGUCGGAUAUCGCCAUGCCUUUUGCAAGGGCGGUUUUCAGUAGAGUGAGCGCUGGCGUGUCAUACUUCUGGGUGUCGAUGAUUGGAAGAUCCCUGGGCCUGAUUUUCUCAGGGAUAAGACAAUCGCUCGGCUGGAGAUGAAGUGGUGUUUCUCCAGCUUUUAUUCUGACUCCUCCAAUCACCAUUCAGCAUUAUUUCUGACUCUAAUAUCCAUUCAGCUUUAUUUCUCACUCUUGCAAUCCCUCUUCAGUUUUGUCAACUGUUAGGCUGUGCAUUCGUCCCCAAAAGAGAAUGAUUCUCGUGCUCCUUUGUAAUGUUUCAUUUCAGAUUAUGUAUAAGGAAGUUAUUAGUAUUAUUUAAUUUUUGCCAUCCUAA